UUUAUUAUCCAAUCUCCAAAUACAAACACUCACACUCCUCAUCUUCCUCAUCCUCCAUCCUAGUUUCUUCUUCAUUAAAAGGUUAUAUUCGUCAUUAAAUUUCUUCACACAAAUGGCUGCAACGGCGGAUCAUGUGGUGGUGGUGGAAGAAGGACGGCCAGCCACGGCGGAGCACCCAUCGGCCGGUCCAGUUUAUCGAUGUAAUUACGCUAAAGAUGGCCUCCUCGAUCUUCCUACUGAUCUUGAUUCUCCUUGGCAGUUAUUUAGUGAGGCUGUGAAGAAAUAUCCGAACGAGCAAAUGUUAGGCCGACGCUUAACAACGGAUUCAAAGGUCGGUCCAUACACGUGGAUCACAUAUAAAGAAGCUCACGAUGCUGCACUUCGGAUUGGAUCAGCAAUCAGAAGCCGAGGCGUUGAUCCGGGAAAUUGUUGUGGAAUAUAUGGAUCUAAUUGUCCAGAAUGGAUUAUCGCGAUGGAGGCCUGCAUGAGCCAAGGGAUAACUUACGUUCCUCUAUACGAUACCUUAGGCGUAAAUGCUGUAGAGUUCAUCAUCAACCAUGCUGAGGUUUCGCUAGUAUUCGUUCAAGAAAAGACAGUUUCAUCCAUCUUAGCAUGCCACAAGGGAUGUUCUUCGAAUUUGAAGACUAUUGUGAGCUUCGGGGAAGUCUCGAGUACACAAAAGGAAGAAGCUGAGAGUCAAUGUGUUUCGUUAUUUUCAUGGCAUGAGUUCUUACUAAUGGGAAACUCGGAUGAGACAAAACUUCCACGCAAGCAAAAAACUGAUAUCUGCACAAUAAUGUACACAAGCGGGACGACGGGAGAGCCCAAAGGUGUAAUAUUAAAUAACGCAGCGAUUAUGGUCGAAGUUUUAUCCAUUGAUAAAAUGCUCCAAGUCACCGAUCGAUCGUGCGACACAACCGAUGUUUUUUUCUCGUACUUACCAUUAGCACAUUGCUAUGAUCAAGUCAUGGAGAUUUAUUUUUUCUCCAGAGGCUCCUCUGUUGGAUACUGGCGUGGCGACAUUCGAUACUUGAUGGAUGAUGUUCAUGCACUCAAACCAACUGUGUUUUGCGGUGUUCCACGAGUGUACGACAAAAUCUAUGCUGGUGUAAUGCAAAAAAUCUCAGCUGGUGGCUUGAUACGCAAGAAACUCUUCGAUUUCGCUUAUAACUACAAAUUGGGGAAUAUGAGAAAAGGAUUGUCUCAAGAAGAAGCUUCACCUCGUCUAGACAGACUUAUAUUCGAUAAGAUAAAAGAAGCAUUAGGAGGAAGAGCUCAUAUGUUGUUAUCAGGUGCAGCGCCUUUACCUCGUCAUGUAGAGGAGUUCUUGAGAAUCAUCCCUGCCUCGAAUCUCUCUCAAGGUUAUGGAUUGACUGAAAGCUGUGGAGGGAGCUUCACGACCUUAGCCGGAGUAUUUUCAAUGGUUGGGACAGUUGGUGUGCCAAUGCCUACGGUGGAGGCAAGGCUUGUUUCGGUACCGGAAAUGGGUUACGACGCUUUUUCCGGCGAAAUGGCUAGAGGAGAGAUUUGUCUUAGAGGAAAUUCAAUGUUUUCUGGUUACCACAAAAGACAAGAUCUAACUGAUCAAGUCGUGAUCGAUGGAUGGUUCCACACAGGAGAUAUUGGGGAAUGGCAAGAAGAUGGAUCGAUGAAGAUUAUAGAUAGGAAAAAGAACAUCUUCAAGUUGUCUCAAGGUGAAUAUGUUGCUGUUGAAAACCUCGAGAACAUUUACUCAAGAUGUCCCCUCAUUGCUCAGAUAUGGAUCUAUGGAAACAGCUUCGAGUCGUUUUUGGUAGGAGUAGUUGUACCUGAGAGAAAGGCUAUUGAAGAUUGGGCUAAACUCAAUAACCAACCAUCUGUCAAUGAUUUCGAAUCUCUAUGUCAAAAUCUCAAAGCCAAAAAAUACUUCUUGGACGAGCUUAACUCUACCGCAAAGCAAUACCAACUUAAAGGAUUUGAAAUGUUAAAGGCGGUUCACUUGGAACCAAACCUUUUUGAUAUUGGAAGAGAUCUUAUAACUCCAACUUUCAAGUUAAAAAGGCCACAGCUCCUCCAACAUUACAAGAGCAUAAUUGAUCAACUUUACACAGAAGCAAAGGUGUCCAGAGCAUAGAACCGAUCCGGCUAUCCACUUACUGAUGCUUUUUUAGAUGUAUGAUAUGUCAAGAUUGUAUUCGGAUCCUUUCAUCAUAUAUAUUGAUAUGAUAUUUGUUAUACUAAAUACAUAAAUAGUUUGGAAGCUAUAUAUUAUUAAAAGAAAUUUUUUCUUAA